UAUUUGUUACGAGUUUAUCUACACAUUAGACAUAAUAAGCAUACAAAACAGAGACUACCUCUCCGCUAUGUUCGCAAUUCGAAGUCUCGCGGUGGUCAUGACCUUUCUCGUGGCAUUAACCGGAAGAAGCGUCCAUGGGAACGCGUCUGGAGCGCCCGUCGGGGCCUGUGACAAUAUGACACCUGGUCAUAGUGUGCCGGGGCAGACGUCUGCGGCUCCAUACCAACUCACAGUCUCCAAACCCGUGUUCGGCUGUAAGGAGACAAUAAAAUUGACCCUUAACAGUUCCACCAACGAGCAGUUGAAGGGCUACUUAUGCCAAGCAAGAACGGACGUUACGAAAUAUGUCACCACGGGCACUUUGACAGCGAUUGGUGGUGGUAAAAACUUCUGCAACGGGACUGGCUCAGUUACGCACAUGAGCAACGUGUCGAAGUCAGUGGUGGAUUUCGAAUGGACGGCUGCAGAAUAUAACGCCGGCGUUCCUGUGAACUUUGUGUGCACGGUUGUCAAGUCUUUUAACACGUUCUGGGUCAAGGGUCCGAAGGUCACUGUGACGUACGAAGGAGGACACUGCCCAGCGGGAGCCGCGCAGGGCAUUGUGGGAACAUGGACCACAUGGGCCGCCAUUGCUGUUUUAAUGGUGGCUAGUGUCCUGUAGAGUUGAAUAAAGAUUCCAAUCUACUGAAAGAUCAUGUGCAUAGUAUUAUUGAUUUUUUAAUCAAUGUGUGUAUUCAGAACUCGGUCUUACCUGUUAUUGAAUUAUGCAUAUUGUCACCUUACGCAAAAGAAAGAACGCAUAAAAUCUUAAAUGAUAAACGGUACAUUUCUAUCCGUACUUAAUCCCAAGUUUUUGAUACAUGAAUAAAAAAAGAUUUUAUUAUCGAAUAUAUGAAAAUAUGAAAACUUAACAACUUUUUCGGCGUAGCUGUUUAACGUCACUUUUGACCUUAGAUGACCUUCAUUCAUGAUAGGUCCCCAAUGAAUAAAUCCGAAUUGUGCAUUGGCUAAUAAUACAAAAAUCACCGUAAACAUUGGAUGCAUAUCAUUUGAACAGAAAUAUGAAUAUAUUGUAAAUAACAUGUAAAUUACAAUAAAAUAAAAACUGUGAUGAUUAAAAACAUCCUUUAAACAUUACAUCGAAACGUUUUUCCUUAGUUAACGAAGCAUUAUAGCAUUUAUCACAUGUCUCUACAAUUAAAAUAAGCUAUCGUUUACAUGCCGUUGCGGUCACACUAAACACUACAAAAACAGGCUAGAUUGCACGUUACCGGUACGCAGUUGUUUACCACUAUCGACAAAGCGGGGGUUUGAGGGCGGUAGCCCCCGAUACUAAGGAAAUAUAUAGGUGUUGGAAAUAUAUCUUUCUUUGAUUUAUUCUAAUUCAGAUUUGCGUUUAUUAGUGCAAAUAUGUAUCUUUGUACUUUGUUUUGUUCACUUUUUAUAGAAAGUUCUGUCUUUCUGCAAAAAAUUCAUAUCACUAUGAUGCUUGCAAUAUUGAGUCUCUUAUGUUUACAUUCUACUAACAUCUUUACACAUUAUAACACAUUAUCUUUUAUUUCAUUCCAGCAUUAUGUUCAUAGUAUUUCAGUGGCGAAUAUGUUUUCUUAUCCUUUUGAAACUAAUGUAUUACUCAGUCAAUUAUGAAAACCUAGACAUUACAAUACUUAUUGACAAUAAAACAUACAAUUUCA